UAGAAAUUCUCAGUGCACCAUCGACAAUUUAGAUAACCACACGUUUCGUCUGACAAAGUUUUAUAAUACAAGUUUAAAAUAAUAUUAAAUAAUUGUGCUACAUACUGACAGGUAAGAUGACAUUAUUGCCACCAACUGUGGAACAACAGCGUCGUAUUGAUGAUGAAAUUCCACCAGAUCCAGAAAUGAGAAAAAAAGAUUUACAAGCUAUUAAAGAUUGGCUAUCGAAACAGCCUCAUUUGCCAAAACACAUGGAUGAUUCAAGAUUAGAAAAAUUUCUAUUUGGAUGCAAAAAUAGUAUUGAACGUUGCAAAUUAAUAUUAGAACGUUACUUCAGUGCAAGAACAGCAUUACCAGAAUUUUUUUCAGCUCGUGAUCCUCUUGCUCGCGAAAUGCAAGAUUGUUGUGAUGCAGUUGAAUAUUUUGUUUUACCAUCAUUCACGGAUGAAGGACAUCGUGUAACAAUUUUACGUUUGAAAGAUAAGUCAUUAGAUAGAUAUUCAAUUCAGACAAUAACAAGACGACUCUUGAUGGUAAUGGAUAUACGACUUGUCGAGGAGUCUUGCUUAUCCAACAUCAUGAUUCUUGAUCUUGAGGGAUGGACUGCAGCACAUUUUGCAAAGUGUAGCCCAACUCAGGCUCUCGUUAGAAAAGCAAUGCUCGCUGCACAAGACAGUAUGCCAUUUAGAUUACACAGGGUGUAUUAUCUCCAUGCACCUUCAUUUAUAAAUAAAGUUUUAAAUAUAUUUUAUCCACUAUUAAAAGACAAACUUAUUGACAAGUUUCGAAUAUAUAAAGGAGGUCAUGAAGAACUUUAUCCAUACAUGAACAAGGAUAUUUUACCAAAUGAAUGGGGUGGUAAAGCUGGAACAUUUUGUGAAUUGAAUGAUGCAUGGAGAAAAAAAAUAGAAAAAUAUCGUGAUUGGUUUCUUCGUGAAGAAAAAAUAAGCAAGACAAAUGAAACAGUUAGAUUGCCAGCAUCAUCUUCAUCACUUGUAACAGAACUUGGUGGAAUACAAGGAUCAUUUCGACAAUUAAAUAUUGAUUAAUUAAUUUGUAUUAUUAAAAUUAAAAUUAAUCAACUAAUUAACGAAUAUAUUAUUUGAAUUUUUAAUAUCGAAAAGAUUUAUAUUUAAAGAAAUAAAUAUCUAAAUACAAAUUAAUUUAAACUAAAUAUUUUUGAUAAAUUUGAAAAUUUUUUUUUCGUGGCUAGAGCUGGCUAGACAACCUAGUGGUGCCACAUUGCGGAAAUAAAAGUAGUACAGAUGAUAAUGCAGAUAGCUGAAAAAAAAAAAAAAAUAUUUUUAAAAUAGUUUAGCUCUUCUAGCCAAAGCAAGGUGAAUCUACUUGCCAGUAUAAAAGAUCACUAGCUGAAUUGAUUUUUUCUUUUCAACCUACGUCAUUAAAAGCUCCAGCAUGCGCGAAAGUUCAACUUCCUGGUAAAUUUUUUUGCCCAUAAAAUUGCGCACAAUAAUAAUGAAAAAAAAAAACCUCCUAUUAAACAUGAAAAUAAUAAAAAAUUAUUACUUUUUUCUUUUGUCAUUUGCAUAUAAUUUUUGUAUAAAUUUAUUAUAAUAAUUUUAUAAAUUUAAACUUGCAAUAUAGCUUUUUUUUAUUUUUUACAAUGAAAAUAUUUUCCAGGUUUAAUUAAAAUAAUUAAAUUUGAUAUAUUAUUGAAUGAAAAUAUAGAUUAGCAAUAAAAUUUUAAAUAAAAUUAUUUAUAGAUUUUAAAAAUAAAAUUUUUAAAUAUAUUAUUGAAAAUUUAUGUACAUGAGGUCAACGUAAGUUCAUUGAGUGAUCUGAGUAUAAAAUUGCUGGUUGAAUAUUAAAAGAAUAUUUUUGUUCGAUCGUUGAGUUUAAAGGAGAAUGAGUUGAUUUUAGAUAUAUAUAUUUUGAAAAGCGCACGAGCACAAGCGUUUGCGUCAGUUCAUACUUGUACGCCGAUCUGUAAUCACCAGUGUACAAUCAAAUUUAUUUCGAAAAUUUCAAUUAUUAAAAAAUAAAAGUAUGGAAUAACAAAUUAACUAUUAAAUUAUAUUUAAAGUUAUCAAUAAUUAAAUAUUAAUUAAAAAUAAAUACAAAUAACUGAAAAUAAAUUAUAAAAAAAUUUAAGCUGCAUUAUAAAUUUUGCCCGGACAGUUGACCUUGACCGAUAGUGGCUCGUGUUGAAAAAUUUAAAUACCUAUAUCACCUGGAUUUUUUUAAGUUUUUUAAAAAUUCUCAGAGAUUUUUCAAGUUUUAAAAUAAUAUCAACAAGGGUCAAUCAAUAG